UUCUCUGCUUUACCCUACUUCUGAAAGGAGAGAUUUCAUUUUAGGGUUUUCGAAUUCAUUGUCGUUGCCUAUUUUUCACGUUGAGAUUUUCCUAAGAGAAUGGACAGAAACCAAUUGCAACGCCAGGUUGCCCUCAAGAGAAGCUCUCUGUUUGAGCAGCAGUUCCUGGAUUCACAGCAAUUCGUACAGCUGGAGGAUUUGGAAGACGAUGCUAACCCCAAUUUUGUGGAGGAAAUUGUGACAUUGUUCUACAAAGACUCAGCUAGACUGUUCCAAAAGAUUGAACAAACCAUGCAAAGUAGACCUAUUGAUUUUGGCAAGCUGGAUGAUUACAUGCACCAGUUCAAGGGUAGUAGCUCAAGCAUUGGAGCUAUAAAGGUGAAGAAUGAAUGCUCCCAAUUUAAGGAAUUUUGUUUGGCAGGAAAUGCUGAAGGCUGCUUCUGGGCUUUCCAGAGAGUGAAACAAGAGCACCACACCUUGAGGAUCCAACUUGAAUCUUACUUUCAGUUGAGGAAACAAGCAGGACUGGUACGACGUUUCUGAGGUGCCAAGUUGAUAGCAUGGAGAAAGAACUAUCAGCAGCAGCA